CUCGGCUUCUUCGCUUAUUAUGCAGCCUAGACGUACGACGUACCACCUAGAAUCCUAUCGAUGAGCUCACUUCACCUUUGAAGCUUCAACCUCCUAAACAAUCAAAUCCGCGUUGGUUUGGUUGCAAGAAACAGCGAAUUAUCUCUCUCGAAUCUACCAAACAACACCAUGUCGAAGAAUACAAUGAAAGCGGUGGUCUUCAAGGGGACGUUGAAGGUGGAACUCGAAGAUCGUCCGAUCCCAAAAAUCGUCGACCCAACGGACAUGAUUAUCAAGGUCAAGUAUUCAGCGCUGUGCGGCAGUGAGCUGCACGUUUUCAGAGGUCACCAACCAAGCAAGACGGAUUUCAUUAUGGGUCACGAGACAACUGGUGAAGUCGUGGAAGUCGGCUCGUCUGUUAAGAACCACAAGAAGGGGGACACGGUAGUGAUGCCAUUCACAGUUUCCUGCGGAGAGUGCUUCUACUGCCAAAAAGGAUACUCUUCCAGGUGUGAGAAGUGCUUGCUCUUUGGAUGCCCACUUCUGGAUGGCGGCCAGGCCGAGUUCAUGCGAGUUCCUUUGGCCGACGCAACGGCUGUGACAGCCCCAGAAGGAAUUGACGAGAAGAAGUUGGUUCUGAUGGCUGAUAUCUUCCCCACUGGAUAUUUCGCUGCCGCCAAUGCAUUCAGAGGAUUUGAUCAGGAUACUAUUAGUCAAAGCGUUGUUGUUCUCAUUGGUUGUGGACCCGUUGGAUUGUGUGCUUUGAUUAAUGCCCUCGAGUACAAACCGAAGGUUGUUAUUGCCGUCGAUAGAGUUGAGAGCCGAUUGGCACUUGCGAAGGAACUCGGUGCCGAGCCCUGGAACGAUCAGAAAGACCGCGCUGGCCUGGAGAAACGAGUGAAGGAGCUCACGAAUGGGAGAGGAGCAGAUGCGAUCAUUGAAGGUGUCGGACAUGCCGAUGCUCUCAAGACCGGAUUUGAUUUGCUUCGUCCAUGGGGAGUGAUCUCGAGCUUCGGAGUUCAUAACGAGGAGAUACCUUGGACAGGCAAUCAGGCUUACGGCAAGAAUCUAAGAGUUCAGAUGGGCCGAUGCCCAGUGAGAAGUAUCUUCCCUGAGGCACUCGAGAUGUUGAAGAAGAAGCAGCAUUUGCUGGACUUCAUGACAGAUAAGUUCAUGCCAUUGAGUCAGGCAGUCGAAGGCUACGAUAUCUUCAACAAGAUGCAGGUUCAGAAAGUCGUGUUCGUGCCAGAACAUCAGUAGCCGGGGUACAAGCAUCUGUUCAAUAUUGAAACGCAUAUAAGCUCUGUAACCUCAAGUUCAUGCAUCUAACUCCAAGAAGGCGAGCGACGGAGUUAAGCAUACUCCACCAGAUGUUGACGAGUGUUCAUAAAACCAGUUCUUUUUCGUUGCUUCAAUGGAAGCCACAUCGGAAUGGGAUUCGUGUCCAGAGCAAACCGAAUCUUCUUGGCUUAUUGGCUUGUAGUUGAAAUUUUACUUCCGACGCCCAGAUUUUGCCAAGUGGAAUCCUCUCUGUGCCGAUCUCCUUCCGAUAAUAUUGAAAAGUUUGUUUCUGGGACCUCAUUUUCGUUCGCUUCC